AUGAAACAAACAGCUCCAGUUGAUGAGCAUACCGCCCUCUUGGGUUCUGCAGCUCGUAAGUACCUCUGCUGGAGCGGCUUCCGCUUCGCAGGCGACGCCACUCGCUGUCACUCCGGGCUCAGACACCCAAGUACCUGCACUAACACUGCCGCGCGCAUUUCGUUUCUAUCUCUUCGCAGCCCCACCCUACCACAUUAUCGACGUCGAAUCGAACCGGUCAUCCCAAGGCCCAUCGCCAUCUGGGACACCCAUCUACUACGUUUGCACACCUUCAGGCUCGCUCCCCAACUAUGCCCUCCCUCGUGUCUCGUCGUCGUCCUUCUCGUCCGUGCAUCGACUCCCGGCCGGCCCUUCGCCUUUCAACGACUUACCACUACCCAUUGCCUCGGCAUUGGCGUACCAACAGUCGCUCCGCCAUGCGGAUGCGAGGGCGAGGGGGCGCGUCAUCCGUGGUGUUAUCGGCGCAUUGCUUCUCUGGUGGGGCCUGUCCCUCCUCGUUGGGUUGAUUGUGGAGAACGAGCACGAACUCGAGAAAUGGACCGAGCACAAGUGGAGAGACGCCAAGCGGUGGUCCAAAAACCACCGAUGGGGAGUUGAGCCGGAACUGGAAGGCCAGGAGAAGGGGAGGUGGAGUCGACCCUUGUCUGACGAUCCAUUGCAGGUACGCAUGGGAAUGACUUAGAUGGUCGUGUCGUCUCGAGCACAAUGAUUGAUCUGCGCUGCGGUGCGUGCAGAUCUUGGCCUCGCCACAAAUGACGACUAUGCCGACGGAACCCUCCGAAGCAAUUUCGGCCUAG